GUUCGCGCGCGGCCCGAACGCCUCACACGUGCUACGCCCUCGGGCGCUCUUACCAUCUGUCACUAUGGACACCGAUGUAAGGGCGCUAAGGACCUUCCUGACGGACCGAUGUUGUUGUUGGGUUUAAUGGGGAAAAGGCGCAUUCUACUGCGCUACGUUGUUCCUUUCCAAACCUUCAUUCUAAUUCAUCUCCGCCGCACACUCUCACCCGAACACUCCCCCGCGUGCCGCCCAUCCUCCGCUCUAUGCCGCCGGCCGCACCUUACCUGCACGCGGCAACAAGGACGGAUGGGCAGCACUUACACUGCCCAUCGACGCCCUCGGGCCGCGGUACUCGUCCUGCGCGCGUCCGUAUGGCCGGGGCUCUCAACGCCGGUGUGUCCGUUCCGCGUGGGCGGUGGAGCCGUGCCCGCUGCGGUGACCGUACGCACUUAUCUAAAUGGGACCUCUCCAAUUCUAUCUAUUUCGUGUUACUCACGCUGCCCCACGACCCCUCCCUGCGAACGCACCUCGGCGUCCCUGCGCGGUUCGUCACGGCGGUGACUGGGCGGGCGCGCUCCCCUUCUUUUCCGUCAAAAAAGGAUCUCCUCAUGCACCCUAUAUAG